UCCAUCUUUCCAGUAUCCCACUUCCCUCAUCGUCUUCGCUAGCUCGCAAGGAGCAUCAGCCAAUGGCGGCCGAGACGUACGUCACGUAUGUGGCCUUUCAGGGGCACAGCAUCAAGACCACCGUCACGUCCUCCGGCACAGCCGUCAAGCGCUGGCUCCGGGAGAUCCGCUACAUGUACCGCUGGGUCUACCACAAGCUCAUCGUCGGGCUGGACGUGGAGUGGCGCCCCAGCUUCAGCCGCGUGCAGAACCCCGUGGCGCUCCUGCAGCUCUGCGUCGGCCGCCGCUGCCUCAUCUUCCAGCUCAUCCACGCCGACUACAUCCCCUCCGACCUGGCGAUGUUCCUGGCCGACCCUGGCAUCCGCUUCGUCGGCGUCCGCUUGCAGAGGGACGCCAACCUCCUCAGCAAAGACUACCGCCUCCAGUUGGCCAACACCAUCGACCUGCGCGGCCUCGCGGCGGACGGGAUGCAGAUGCCCUGGCUCCGUCAGGUCGGGCUCAAGGGCAUCGCGAGCGCCGUCAUGGGGGCCAACAUCGAGAAGCCACAGAGUGUGAGGGUGGGCCCGUGGGACGCCUACCGCCUCUCGGACGAGCAGAUCCACUACGCCUGCAUCGACGCCUUCGCCUCCUUCGAGAUCGGCCGGAAGUUCCUCACCGGCGACUACCCUCCUGCACACUGCCUUACCGCUGCCGAGGACUACACCUCUGACUACGCCUCUGACGAGGACUGAGGUAAUGGACGCACGGCGUGGUUCCUGCAAACUCUACCUUUCUACCUUGCUAGUGCGUUCGUGUCUUCGUGAUCUCGUAGCGUUAAGCAGAACUAUGGUUUACGAGUUUAUGGAUCUGUAAUGAAUCAACGGA